AUGUCUCGAGUAGCAGGCCGCACCGACUGGGCCGAAGAAGAAGACGAAGACUCGCUCCAACUCCCCCAACAAACCAUCACCAAGAACAAAGACGGAACCGAAACCAUCGUCACCUACUCCAUCCGCGAAGAUGGCAAGAAAGUGAAAACCACCCGCCGCAUCAAGAAGACCACCAUCAAGACCAUCGUGAAUCCCCGCGUCGCGGAGCGCAAACACUGGGCCAAGUUCGGGCUCGAGAAGGGCAAGCCCGCUGGGCCCCAGACAGAUACCACGUCCGUUGCAGAGAACAUCUUGUUCAGGCCCAUGGCCGGGUGGAAGGCUACGACCGAGGAUAAGAGUGAGGAGGCAAAGAAGAAGAAUUCGCUCAAGGAUGCGAAGAUCAAGUGCCGUAUCUGUUCCGGAGACCACUGGACGACCAAGUGUCCGUUCAAGGAUACCAUGGCGCCCGAGGGCGUGGACUCAGCGGCGGAUAUGAAGGACGACGUGCCGGAAACGGGCGCCUUGGGUGGAGGUGGCUCCAGCUAUGUGCCGCCUCACCUGCGUGGUCGCGGUGGCGCGGGGGAGAAGAUGGGUGGCAAGUUCGAGAGAGACGAUCUGGCGACACUGCGUGUUACCAACGUGUCAGAGUUUGCCGAAGAGCAAGAGUUGCGCGAGCUGUUCGGUCGAUUCGGACAUGUCACUAGGGUGUUCUUGGCCAAGGACAGGGAGACCAACAGAGCUAAGGGCUUUGCCUUUGUCAGCUUUGCGGACAGAUCUGAUGCCGCGAAGGCGUGCGAGAAAAUGGAUGGCUAUGGUCUGCACCACCUUAUCCUGCGAGUCGAAUUUGCGAAGAAAGCGAACUAA